AUGUCAAUCAAUAAUCCAGAAAUAGUACAAAAAUCCAAUUUUAUUGGAUACAAAUAUCGCAUUAUAAACUUAAAAAUCGAAAGUGGUGUCAAACGAGUUGAAAAUUAUGCAUUUGAAGAUUUUACAAUAUUAGAAACAAUUAAUUUAUCAGAAAAUGUAGAAUAUUUCAGUAGUUCUGCAACUUUGAAUUGCAAAAAUUUAUUUUCAAUCAUAGUAUCACAAAACAAUCCGUACUUUUAUAACGAUGCUGACAUGAACUUGUACACCAAGAAUCAAUCAGUACUUAUAAGAGUUAUGCCUAAAAAUCCAAAAUCAGGUUAUCCUAGAAAUUUCACAAUUCCUUCUAGCGUUACUGUUAUCCAACAAUAUGCAUUCGCAAAUACAGAUAUUUUUGAAGUAAAAUUUGAGGAAACUUCAAAUAUAUCAACACUUGGAAUUUUAUCUUUUUCAUUGAGUGAGCUUUCAUUCAUUACUAUUCCUUCAACAGUAACAUCGAUACAGAAUCAAUCAUUUUAUAAAUGUCAUAAUUUAGAGCAAGUCACAUUUGAGGAAAACACAAAUACACAAAAGCAAAUUGGAUAUGAAUCAUUUUCUUACACAUCAAUUAAGGAAUUUGUUUUUCCUUAUAAUUGUUAUGUCCAUGAUGAUAUUUUUAGUCAUUGUAAAUCCUUAACAAAAAUAACAAUUCAAGAUUCAUCCACAGCUAUAUCUGUCAACACAUUCAGUGGCUGUUUGAGCAUUACAUCUAUCUCAACAAAUUCAGAUAAAUAUAAUUAUUCAUUAGAUCAUUUAUUCAACGUUGAGAAAACAAAUCUUUAUUACAUUGCACCUCCAUCGAAUAGGCAGGACUAUGUAGAUAGUGUUAAUUAUUCAUUGGUUGAAGAAUUUUGUAACACAGCUUUUCUUAAUAAAAACAAUUUGCCAAAUACUAAUUUUAGCCAUUAUUGUAUAAAAAGUGGUGUAGUUUACGAUUUAAAUAGUUAUAAUGUAAUUAGUUGCCUAAAAUAUGUCCAACAAGUUAUUUUAGAUGACAAUUCAAGAAGAAUAUGUAAGAUAUGUUUUUUAAAUAAGAAUAUAAUUGUUCAGAUAUCUCAAAAUCUCAUUUCAAUCGAAUUUGAAGCAUUUUAUGAAUGUACCGUAAGUUUUACUGAGCAAAGAUUUUUCCCGAGUUCCUUGAAAUUAAUUGAAGCCUCUGCUUUUCAAAAUUCCAAGAUUUCAAAUAAUAUUUAUUUCAAUUCGAGUGAAGAGCUUAUUAUUCAAGAUUCUGCAUUUGAAAAUGCCGUCUUUCAGAAUGAUGCUAAUAUUGCUUUUACCAAUGUAUUAACAUCAUUAGGAAAAAGAUGUUUCUUUGGUGCUAUGAUAAAAGUGAUUUCAAUUAAUAUUCAGGGCUCAAUUUCAAUGUUGCAGGAUUAUUCCUUCGCGAAUAGCAAAUUGAUCCAAUUAACCAUUCCAUUUUCCAUUAAAUCAAUUGGAACUUCUGUGUUUGAAAAUUGUAUAAAUUUGACAACGGUCUCAUCUGUGACAAGGAUAAGUGUUCAAUCUCUUGUGAUACGACCUAUUUUAUUUUGUCCUAAUAUCGAGACGUUUGGUGAAUUCGCAUUUCUAAAUUGCUGUAAUCUAUGGUCAAUAAAUAUAGGAAGUAGCACCACAGUCAAGUACAUUGGAUCAUAUGCAUUUCACAAUAUAACAAAUCUUUAUAGUGUAACGAUUGGAUUAACAGAUGAAAUAUUAACAAAUGAGACAUUCUAUAGCCCUAAUUUAAUGUCAUUCAAGAUAAAUGAUAAAAAUAAAUUUUAUUCAACACAAAACAAUUGUACAUAUAACAAAAAUAAAACUGUUUUGCUAUGGAGUACUCCUUUGAUUGAUAAUUUGAUAAUUAAUAGUAGCACGGAAAUAAUUUCAGAUUAUGCAUUCUAUAAUAGAACAAAACUUGAUUCAGUUACUUAUUCAGACGAUUAUUCUGCACUUAAAAUUGUUGGUCAUUGUGCCUUUUCAUUCAAUCAUAUAAAUUCAUUUAGAUUUUACAAUAAUAUUACAAUAUUAGGCAAUUUAUCUUUUUAUAUGUGCGAAUCCUUAACUUUAAUCAUUAUCCCAGAAGGUUCUAAUUUGGAAUAUAUUGGAGACUUAUGCUUUUAUAAAAAUGGAUUCAGAAUUAUAUCAAUUCCUUCAAAAUGUUCUUAUAUUGGAAUGUUUGCAUUUAAAGAAUCAAAAAACCUGAACACUGUAAAUUUUGCGGAAAAUUCUCAAUGCAAACAAAUCAAUUCUGGAUUUCCUGGUUUUGCGCGUGGUAAAACUUCCAGGAAAUCUUACAUUAAUUGA